GUUUGUACCGGUAUGGUGCCAGCACCCUUCAAGUUUUCCCAACCUUUCGAGUCUCGACGAACUGCAGCAACACAACACGCCGCUACCCCGCCUAUUCCUUCCGCACAAUGGUCCCAAAUCAUGUGGGGAACACAUUCGUGGGAGCAGUAGGGUUGCCUACUAUAUUAGGACUAGCGCACUGAAUCUGGAUGGCACAGAUGGUGGACUCUACUCAAUUCGGCGACUUGAGUAAGGUGCCGGCAUCAUACUUGUUGCGAUGGUACCGUGUUUACUUAAGAAUACCGGUAUUGUGAUAGCAUAUGAUAGAAUUAACAAGACGGGGCAAGCAAGCAAGACAAGAUACCGUGGGGAACACUAGCCGCCGGAAAUGGGGCCGUUACUGGGAUAGCUGCGCCGGUGGGUCACAUUGUGCAGGAUCGACGGACCGAUACCGUAGCAGCUUGCAUAUUCGGGAAUUCAACAGGCAAGUCGGGAAGGCUCUUGUUAUGGUAAUUAGGAAGAGAGGAAGGGAAAGAAUUCGCUUUCGGCUUCUCUUGUCUUUUUUUUUUGCUUGUCUCUGUCAGAUGCAUACUGCUAAAUUAAUGGCCAACUCCCCUCCUGUUUCGCUCCGGGGACCGGCUACCGGUGUUAGUCUAAGGACUGCUGGACUGGCUGGGGUUCGGAGAGGGGGAAGGACUUUAAGGUCUGAGUUCCGGCAAAGUACAAGUAUGAUACAGUGCUUUUGAGGUUUUGGAUACAAUUGCACUGCUGGCGGCUUAUUAUACGGUUCUGGGGGAUUCACACCUGCUUUCCCACUUUCUUCGCUUGCUUUGUAUUCCGGUCGGUGGUUCUGAAUUCUUGGCUGGGGCUGGGAAAGUAGCUCUAGCACCACCGCAUCGUACGAUAUUUAAAAGGCAAGCUGUGGCCCGGUGUUUUCUCUUCCUCGUUCUCACUGUCUUGUCCUACUCCCGAUUAUUAUUAGGUUUAUAAUUCUUAUAUUUCUGUCACUUUUUCCUUCUUUAUUUCGUUGGAGUGUGGGUGAGUGAUACUUGCGGUGAAGAAGGAAGGGAGAAUGAUUUCAAAAUUCAUCAUAGCAACAGCAUUGCUAACGUUCAUGACAUCCGUCACUGCGCUCUGGCCUAUCCCCGAGAGCUACAAACAUGGCGAUACCACAGUUUGGUUAUCGCCGGGCGUGGAAUUGGUUUUCGAUUCGCCCCCCGAAACACGAACAGCCACAAAACACAAAGUCCACGAGGCCUGGAGCCGCACCCGGGACAUAAUAUUCCAGGAACGCUUAGUCCCCUGGAAAUUUUACCCCCGUGGGGCCAAAUUCGAACCGGAAAACAAGUUCGGCGGGGUGAUCAAGAAGGUAUUCGUCAGACAGACAUCCGUGGACAAGCCGGAGCCUGUGCCCUAUGGAGAAUUCGAUGAGAGCUACACGCUCAUAAUCCCCAUCUCUGGUGGGAACUUUACCUCUCUGGAGGCUAAUGGGGUGGGAGCGACCCUCGAUGAAGGGAGGGAGCCGGGAGCGGUCUACAUCACCGCUGGGUCAAGCCUGGGCGUGCUGCAUGCCUUCACGACGCUCAGUCAGCUAUUCUACUACUCCAACAACCACCGCGACGGGGUGUACUCCAAACUCGCGCCGGUGGAAAUAAACGACAAGCCCAAGUUCCAGCACCGCGGACUAAACAUGGACGUGGCGAGGCAAUGGUACCCGAAGGAGGAAAUCCUGAAGAUCAUCGACACCCUCUCCUGGAACAAAAUGAACAGACUCCACCUGCACGUGACGGACUCGCAAUCCUGGCCGCUGGAGAUCCCCGCGAUGCCGAACCUCGCGGCAAGGGGCGCGUACGCGGAUGGGCUGACCUACUCGCCGCAGGACCUGCAGGACAUACUAACCUGGGGCCGGUCGCGCGGCGUGGAGGUCAUCGUGGAGAUUGAUAUGCCGGGCCACACUACCUCCAUCGCGGAGGCCUACCCGGAGCUCAUCACGGGCAGGGACAAGCAGCCGGACUGGGAUCAGUACGCUGCGCAACCCCCCUCCGGCUCACUUAAGCUCCGCAACCCUGCCGUUAAAAAGUUCCUCACCACACUCUUCGACGACUUACUCCCAAGACUCAAGUCGCAUAGCCAGUACUUCCACACGGGUGGCGAUGAGGUCAAUAAGAACGUGUACAAAUUUGACGAGAACAUCAAAUCCAACGACUCGGCCGUGCUUCAGCCCGCGCUGCAGGACUUCCUCUCGCACGUGCACACCGAGUUGGGCCGGCACGGUGUCACACCCUUUGUGUGGGAGGAAAUGCUGCUCGAAUGGAACCUGACGCUUCCCAAGGACUCGAUCGUGCAGACCUGGAUCUCGGAAGAGAGCACGAAGAAGGUGAUCGAGAAGGGCCACCGGGUAAUCGCGGGGAACUACAACUUCUGGUACCUGGACUGUGGGCAUGGGCAAUGGCUGGACUUCCUUCCCGCCAGCUAUGAAACUUAUUACCCAUUCAAUGAUUACUGCUCCCCUAGGAAGAGUUGGAGACACAUCUACUCCUACGACCCAACAGCAGGCCUAACCCAGGAACAAGCGAAGCUAGUCCUGGGCGGUGAAGUACACGCCUGGUCCGAGCAGACAGACCCCAUAAACUUUGACAGCGUCGUCUGGCCGCGCGCCAGUGCCGCCGCCGAAGUGCUCUGGUCCGGCAGGACCGACGCCGCCGGGAAUAACAGGACCUUCCCCGAUGCUUCCCCCCGCCUCGCAGAGUUCAGGGAGAGGCUUGUGCUCCGCGGCGUCGGCGCGGGUCCGAUACAGCAGUUAUGGUGUCAUCAGCAUCCGGGGGGUUGCCAGCUUUAA